AAUAGUGGUGGGACAGUAGCUGAAACUGAAGCAGGGAUGUGUGGUUUGCAGAUCAUACGAAACAGUGAUCUUGAAGAACUUCGUGAACUAGGAUCCGGUACAUUUGGAACUGUUUAUCAUGGCAAGUGGAGGGGAACGGAUGUUGCUAUAAAGAGGAUCAAAAAGAGCUGUUUUUCAGGGAAAAAGUCAGAGCAAGAACGAUUGACUAAAGAUUUUUGGAGAGAAGCUCAAAUCCUAUCAAGACUUCACCAUCCAAAUGUGGUGGCGUUAUAUGGUGUGGUACCAGAUGGACCCGGGGGGACAUUAUCUACAGUAACGGAAUAUAUGGCUAAUGGGUCACUUAGACAUGUUUUAUUGACGCAAGAUAGAUCACUUGACCGAAGAAAGAGACUCAUAAUUAUGCAAGAUGCUGCAAUCGGCAUGGAGUACCUGCAUUUGAAAAACAUCGUUCAUUUUGAUCUAAAAUGUGAAAACUUGCUCGUCAAUUUGGGAGAUCCUCAACGACCUGUAUGUAAGGUUGGUGACUUUGGUUUAUCAAGAAUUAAACGCAACACAUGUGUGUCGGGUGGUGUACGGGGAACACUUCCCUGGAUGGCUCCAGAGCUCCUUAAUGGAAGUAGUGCUAGAGUUUCUGAGAAAGUUGAUGUAUUUUCAUUUGGCAUUGCAAUGUGGGAAAUCUUGACUGGAGAGGAGCCAUAUGCAGACAUGCAUUGUGGUGCCAUCAUAGGUAAGCUCUCACAUUGUUGA